AUGAACACGUUCUUUCCCGCACUGCAGCUCUUCUUCGAGUCGGGCUCGUCGUGUACCAUCGACUGUGGGAGGUUCCCGGACGCAAUAGUUGGGCUGGAUCCCGCGCUCCGAUUCAGACUGACGGAUUGUGCACACGAAGAAGGAGGUCGCGUGGUUAACAGCAUACUGCCUCGACGUUUUGUACAUUCUGGCACCGGUCUCGUCAUACAACAAGCGGUAAUCGCCCAUCGCACGAGUAUUGCAAUCAGUAAUUUUUCAUAUCCACAGAAAGCCCAGCUAUGGCGACCAGGCAUUGUUGUCCAACCCAAGAUUACAAAAGAGCUGCACACAGUCGUUGGGCUCAGGCUGAGGGGAAUGGACAAAACAGCGUACAUAUGGGCGAAGACUGCGGUGUCUUCCGGAAGUAGGGUGUGGGGAAACAUGGGGUCAUCAGGCCUGCGCGACGAUGUGCCUGUCCCCAUACUUCCUUCUGUAGAGGAAGGGGAUCCGGGCGCUCAAACAGUUGUGGUUAUUAAGGACAGCCUGAUCGCGCGCAAUCGCCUGGGCAAUAGGGAUAUGGGAACCUUCGAGGCCAUUACACCAGAAGAUUCCGAUGGGACUACGAGUAAUCUCGGGCGAGUGUACAAAACAGAAGGACCCGAAGCGGAUGUAAGGAUCUCGAAGUGGGGUAUUGAGUCGAUCCUAGGCGCUGGCGCAGCUAUAAAGACACUAAUUCCCACGUCAGUGCUGUUCAGCAACGCGCAUCGCAUCUACAACAAACUCUUCAAUACCAUCGAACUAUACACCACCAUGUCUGGCGCAAACGCUAUCGUCCUAUACCCUCGCAAGGAGGGCUCCACCUUCGACAAGGAGUACUACCUCAAGACACACAUGCCGCUCGCCAUGAAACAUUGGAAAGAUCACGGUCUCAAGUCCUACGCCGUCAGCGAGCUCAACGCCGACGGCCCCUACGCCAUCAGCACCGUCAUGGAGUUUGACAGCCCAGAGAGUGUCGGAAAGGCCCUGCAGAGCGCGGGAACCAAGGAGGUCAUGGACGAUGUAAAGAACUUCAGCAGUGAGGCACCGAUCCUCGUUCACGGCAAUGUCGUCGGACGGAGUUAA